UAUUCCAUCGCAUCACCACACGUUUCACGAACCAGAGCCCGGUUGCACUAGACAAGCUGCCCGCGCCGCAUCACCACCUUCCAUUUCCCCAUCUAGGGUUGCGUGAGCCCCGCCACCGCCGGCCAUGUCCGACCCGGCCUCCGCCCAGGGGCCCGACGCCGAGAUGCGCGACGCCGCCGCGGCAGCCGGCGACGAGGACGGCAGCGAGGACGACGCGGAGGAGGAGGAGGAGGAGGAAGAGGACGAUGAGGAGGAGGAGCUGCCACCUGCCGAGGAGCCGCCGUCGCCGGCGGCCCCAGAACCGGUCUCGGCCUUUCCGGGGAACCCGAACCAGCUGACGCUGCUGUUCCAGGGCGAGGUCUACGUCUUCGAGUCCGUCACCCCUGACAAGGUUCAAGCUGUCCUGUUACUGUUAGGAACUGGUGAAAUUCCACCCGGUCUAUCUGCCAUGGUUUUACCCAGUCAACGUGAAAAUAGGGGUUAUGAGGAUUUACUUCAGAGGACAGACAUUCCUGCAAAAAGGGUUGCUUCGCUCAUCAGGUUCCGCGAAAAACGCAAGGGGAGAAAUUUUGAUAAGCAAAUACGCUAUGCUGUACGCAAAGAAGUGGCACACAGGAUGCAGCGUCGGAAGGGGCAAUUUGUUGGAAGAGCAAAUUUGGAGGGGGAAUCCCCUUCUCCAGGCUGUGAUCCUGCCUCCCAGGGCUCAGGCCAAGAUUUCCUGUCUCGAGAAUCAAAGUUGUGUCAGAAUUGUGGCACUAGUGAAAAGAUGACACCGGCAAUGCGUCGUGGUCCAGCUGGUCCAAGGACUUUGUGCAACGCUUGUGGACUGAUGUGGGCCAACAAGGGCACACUGAGAAGUUGCUCCAAGGCAAAAGUUGAAGCUCCUAUGCCUGCAAUUGAGCAGGUUCGUUUCUUCGUCAUCACUACUGCCCAUCCAUUGGGUGAUCGCCGCUUUCUAUGCACACCGAACCCUGAAUCUUUCCAUACCCCUCUUAGUGCAACGCCGCUGUCGCCCAGUGUCAGACUGGAACCGAUGUCAAAGCACUGCCGGCUCCGAACAACUACGGCGUCGCUCCAAGCAAGGGCGAAGCCAUGGAUAACAGUGUGACUGCGAACGUGACUGCUGCUGCGACAGGAGGAGCGCCGAAAGCGCAGUCAGAAUAAGUUACAUCGACAUUUGAUCAUCGAACCCAAAAGACCCCGAAUUCAUCUCGUAUAGCCAAACUUCGCAAGGAUUCGCUAAUCAGGAAUACUGAUUGUCAUCAAGUGUACAUCAAAAUACUGAUUGCCAGCGCCAGAUAUGUACGUAACUAACAUAAGAGCGUCUGAUCGACUCGAUGUUGGCAUUCGAGGCGCGUUUACAUAAUCACAUUGAUCAUUUUACCAUCUUCGUCUUCAUGGGACUCUCGGGUUGCUUUUCUGAUUCUGAAGGGAAGUUUGUUUGUUCGA